AUGAAAUUUACAUCUCCUGGGUCUCUUGAUUCAUUCUAUUUCACCGGGUUGAAAACCCACAGGGAUCACUUGUCAAAGCAGAGAGUGUCAACUAUCUUGAUCUGCUCACGGCCUGCCCGGGGACAUGUCGACACCCACAGACCCAUGAGAUGUGCUUGUGCAAAUGUGGUGACCCGAGCCGGACCAGAAUAUCAAUACUUCGAUACCGUUUUACGAGUACGGUGUCGAUUCUCUGCUUGUCAUGGAGCUCUGAGAUUAGUUUUGAGAGAACUGAGAGCUGAUGUGGCGGUGUUUGACAUUGUGGAUUCUGCGAGUUUCGAGGCUUUUUGCUCACUUGUGGUGUAG